AUGAACGAUGAGAACGAUGAUGGGCGUCUACAUGAAGCUGUGCGAGAAGGAAAUCUGUCGCUCGUUCGAACAUUGUUGAAUGAAAGCGCCGACAUUCAUGCCAAGAAUAAAUAUGGAAGCACACCAUUACAUCAAGCAUGCUACAAAGGUCAUUUAGAGAUAGUCGAGUUGCUACUGGAAAAGGAUGCUAACAUUCAUACCAAGAAUCAAUAUUCAUGGACUCCGUUGUACAUGGCAUGCGAUGAAGGUCAUUUCGAGGUUGUCAAGUUGCUACUUGAGAAUGGUGAUGACAUCCAUGCCAAAGAUAGUGGUGAACGGACUCCAUUGUGCAUUGCAUGCGAUAAAGGUCGGCUAGAGAUAGUCACGUUGCUACUCGAGAAGGGUGCUGACGUUAAUGCCACAGGCGAUGAUGGAAACACACCAUUACAAGCAUGCAGCUUUGAUGGUCAUUUAGAGAUUUUCAAGUUGCUACUUGAGAAUGGUGCUGACAUUCAUGCCAAAGACAGUGGUGGACGGGUUCCAUUGCACUUUGCAUGUACGUUUUACUGGGGUCAUUUUGAGAUAGUCGAGUUGCUACUUGAGAAGGGUGCUGAUAUUAAUGCAAAAAAUCAAUAUGGAUGGAGUCCAUUGUACAUGGCAUGCGAUGCAGGUCAUUUAGAGAUAGUCAAGUUACUACUCGAGAAGGGUGCAGACAUUGAUGCCAAGAAUCAAUAUGGAAAUACACCACUGUACACGGCAUGCGAUAAUGGUCAUUUGGAGAUAGUCAAGUCGCUACUUGAGAAGGGUGCUGACAUUCAUGCCAAGAAUCAAUUUGGAAGCACACCAUUGAACUUUGCAUGCAAUGCAGGUCAUUUAGAGAUAGCUAGGUUGCUACUUGAGAAGGGUGCUGGCAUUCAAGCCAAGUAUCAAUAUGGAGAACCAUUGAACUUUGCAUGCGAUAAAGGUCAUUUAGAGAUAGCUCGGUUGCUACUCGAGACGGGUACUGACAUUAAUGCAACAGACGAUGAAGGAAACACACAAUUGCAUGUUUCAUGCGACAAGGGCCAUUUAGAGAUAGUCAAGCUGCUACUCGAGAAUGGUGCUGACAUUGGUGACAAAGACAACAGGGGACGCACACCAUUGAACUUUGCAUGCAAUGAAGGUCAUUUAGAGAUAGCUAGGUUGCUACUCGAGAAGGGUGCUGAGAUUAAUGCCAAGGAUCAAAUUGGAGACACACCAUUACAUCAAGCAUGCUACGAGGGUCAUUUAGAGAUAGCGAAGUUGCUACUCGAGAAGGGUGCUAACAUUGAUACCAGGAACAAAAGGGGAAGCACACCAUUGCACCAUGCAUGCGAUAAAGGUCAUUUAGAGGUAGUCAAGUUGCUACUCGAGAAGGGUGCCGACAUUACUGCCACAGACGGCGUUGGAAAUACAUCAUUAUACAAGGCACAAAAGUGUCUUCAUUGGAAGGUAUUCAAGUUGUUACUCGAUAAGGGUGCUAAUGUGAAUGCCACAGACGGUGAAGGAAAGACAUCAUUGCAUAUGGCAUGCAGUGAGGGUCAAUUAGAGCUCGUCAAAUGGCUCGUCCAGACAGGCGCUGAUGUCGAUGCCAAAACAAAAGGUGGAGAGGCACCGAUGCAUUUUGCAUGUGGGAAGGGUCAUUUGAAGAUAGUCAAGUUUCUAGUCAAAAAGAGUGCUGAUGUCAAUUCCAAAACAAAGGGUGGAGAGACACCGAUGCAUAUGGCAUGCAGUGAUAGUCAUUUGAAGGUAGUCAAGUUUCUAGUCAAAAAGGGUGUUGAUGUCAAUGCCAAGAAAAAAGGUGGAGAGACACCGAUGCAUGUGGCAUGUGGGAAGGGUAAUUUGAAGGUAGUCAAGUUUCUAGUCAAAAAGGGUGCUGAUGCUCAUGCCAAAGCCACAAUUGGGAUGACGCCAUUUGAAAUGAUGUGUUGCAAGGAUGAAUUCGACCUGGUCAUGUUGCUAGUCCAAAGGUCCUGUUGUGAUGGUCAUUUGGAGGUGAUCAAGAAGCUGUUUGUCUAG